AUGAACAAACCCCAGGUCGGAAUUUCGUCGGUCUGGUACGAGGGGAACACCUGCAACAUGCAUCUUCUGAAGCUCGCGGAGGCCGUGAAGGAAGGUGUUAUGGAGGCCGGAAUGGUGGGGUUCAGGUUCAAUACAAUUGGGGUUAGCGAUGCUAUUUCGAUGGGGACGAGGGGAAUGUGCUACAGUUUGCAGUCGAGGGACUUGAUUGCUGAUAGCAUUGAGACUGUUAUGGCUGCUCAGUGGUACGAUGGGAACAUUUCCAUCCCCGGAUGUGACAAAAAUAUGCCAGGUACAAUUAUGGCUAUGGGACGGCUGAACCGUCCAAGCAUUAUGGUUUACGGUGGAACAAUUAAGCCUGGUCAUUUUGAAGGUCACACAUAUGACAUAGUGUCUGCCUUCCAGGUUUAUGGAGAGUAUGUUAGUGGAUCCGUAAGUGAUGAACAAAGGAUGAAUGUAGUCCGCAACUCAUGUCCUGGAGCUGGGGCAUGUGGUGGAAUGUAUACCGCAAAUACAAUGGCUUCAGCUAUUGAAACACUGGGAAUGUCCCUUCCUUACAGUUCUUCCACGCCUGCUGAAGACCCUCUAAAAUUGGAUGAAUGCCGCCUCGCGGGUAAAUAUUUACUAGAUUUGAUUAAAAUGGACUUGAAACCCCGUGACAUCAUCACCCCAAAAUCCCUACGUAAUGCGAUGGUCAUGGUCAUGGCACUUGGUGGAUCUACGAAUGCUGUUCUGCAUUUAAUUGCUAUAGCAAGGUCUGUAGGUUUGCAACUAACUUUAGAUGACUUCCAAAAGGUUAGCGAUGAGGUUCCAUUCCUUGCGGAUCUUAAGCCGAGUGGUAAGUUUGUGAUGGAAGAUGUACACAAGAUUGGAGGCACACCUGCUAUCAUUCGCCAUCUAUUGGAGCUUGGAUAUUUAGAUGGGGAUUGUAUUACAGUUACGGGACAAAGUCUGGCAGAGAAUGCAAAGCUAUACCCAUCCCUCCCUGAAAAACAGCAAAUAAUUAGACCCUUGACAAACCCCAUCAAAGAAACCGGUCACAUACAGAUAUUAUACGGAAACCUUGCACCUGAAGGUUCUGUGGCAAAGAUCACUGGAAAAGAAGGGUUAUACUUUUCCGGUAACUGCCAUUGUCUAAUUUCAUUGGGUAUAUUUUCUUCUGUUAUUAUUUUGUUUCAGGGAAAAGUAGUGGUUAUUAGAGGAGAAGGGCCGAAAGGAGGCCCGGGCAUGCCUGAAAUGCUCACCCCAACAAGUGCGAUAAUGGGGGCAGGACUUGGCAAGGAAGUUGCGCUGCUAACUGAUGGAAGGUUUUCUGGAGGUUCUCAUGGAUACGUGGUUGGCCACAUAUGUCCAGAAGCACAAGAAGGUGGUCCCAUUGGUCUGAUUGAGAAUGGGGACUUAAUUACGAUAGACAUUCAGAAGAAGAGGAUAGAUGUGAACCUAACAAAUGAGGAGUUGAACGAGCGCAGAAAGAGGUGGAACCCACCACCUUAUAAGGCUGAACGAGGAGUUCUUUACAAGUACAUUCGUAAUGUGCAAUCAGCCUCUAAGGGAUGCGUGACCGAUGAAUAG